AAGUAGCCACCUCACAGUCAGACCAGCCCAAGAUGCCUUUGUGGUUAUACGAGGCGAUGUGAGCACUUCAGACUCUAGAGGUCUCCGUCCAUUAUGCAGCAACAUCCACCUAUCCAGAUUCUGCCCCUCACGUUCUAGUGCAGCGGACAACGGUAUAGGAGAAGACCGCUCAGAGCCACGGAGACAGAGGGAACCUGAGGGAUGCACGCUUCCCGAACGAGACAGAAAGAACGGGAACUUUGAUUUGACGCGAGGCUGAUAAAAUUACGAUAAUAUAGAGCUGCAUUCCUUAGUGAAGGGAUGCAUUGACAUGUUGAGUGUUCAAAAAUGAUGUCCUUGGUUCCCUGCUCAUUGUAGAUUAUAUUUAAUGUAUCUCUCCUAUUUCUGAUGUGCUACUUCAUUGUGACUGUACACUUGGGUCACCCGCAUGAAUUUUAAGGCAACCGGAGCGCAUUGUUUCCAGCUUCGUUUCAUGGGAUUUCCAGUCGUGUCGGGUGCCGUGAUGUCUGCAACAUUUCGCUCUUUGUUUCUGGCGCUGCUGAGCCUGCUGACGGCUGGCGCCCAGACAGAAAUGAAGAGAGUUGUUGGAGACAACGCCACCCUGCCGUGUCACCAUCAGUUCUGGCAGUCCAACGCGCAGUUGCUCGACAUCGAGUGGCUACUGCAGAAGCCCAACUCCAAGCAGAGAGUGAUCAUUACGUUUUUCGGGGGCCAGGUGUACACCAAUGAGGUGACCAGCGAGGCCAGUCGUCUGUCUUUUGCAGGGGACUACCUGAAAGGAGACGCCUCCCUGCUCCUCAGUGACCUACAGCUGACGGACUCUGGAGAGUACUACUGCAAGGUCAAAACGGGGGGAAAGUACCACUGGAGCCAGGUUAACCUCAUAGUGCUGGUGAAGCCCUCUAAGCCACGAUGCUGGAUGGACGGCAGGCUGUUAGAGGGCAGUGACGUUAAACUGAGCUGCAAAUCCAGUGAUGGCUCAGACCCUAUCAAAUACAAUUGGGGGAGGGUGCUGGAUAAGGGAAAGAGUGUUGGGAAACUCCCCCUACUGGCACUGAGAGAUCUGAAGAAUCCAGAGAUCGUCACCCUGCGGAACCUGACGAAGGACAGUACAGGUUUCUACAAGUGCACCGCCAGCAAUGAUGUGGGCGAGGAGAACUGCAUCAUCGAGGUCACCAUGCAGUAUGUUCGAGGGAUGGGCGUGCUUGCAGGUGCCGUGGUGGGCGUCUCCUUUGGUGUUCUCCUCAUCAUCCUAAUCAUCUGGCUCGUCUUCCGCAAGAAGGAGAAGAAGAAGUAUGAGGAGGAGGAGACUCCCAAUGAGAUCAGGGAGGAUGCAGAGGCUCCCAAGGCCAAGCUGGUGAAGCCCAACUCCCUGUCCUCAUCCCGCUCUGGCAGCUCCCGCUCCGGGGCCUCCUCAACACAGUCCAUGGUGCACAACACCGCACCCCGCGGGCACCGCCCUCGCCUCCCAGCCAUUGCUGCCCUUAAGGAGAACGGACAGCCCCCUGACUUCCCACAGUCCCCCCCAGCCUACACCACAGUGGUACCACCCAACAAGACCCCUGAGCCCCCGGCACCCCCAAAUACAACAUCAACUCCAGGAACCAGAUCUCUGGGCCCACUCCCCCAACUCUCAUGGUCCCUGCCCAGAACAAGGCCUUUCAAACUGUGUAGGAAGUAGAAGAGAGUCCAUCCUGGCUGUGUUGAAGCAUAAGACCCACCCCUCCCCCACCCCUUCAAAGACACAAACUCUUCUGUUAAACAACGAAAUGCAACUAGUAAAAGGAUGUAAUUAAAAUAAUAAAUAAUAGAAAUCCCAAAACUUUUAAUGAAUGCAUACUUAAAAAGGGAAAAUAAGAAAUGCUUGCCCCCUACUGAAUAAAAAACAACUAAACUAAACUAAAAACCUGAGACAGAACAUUUCUGUUUAUGUCUCUCGGCUAAAGAACUUAUUUUUACACUUUUCUUUCAACUUUGAAGGCAUGGGAAGCAGUGAGCGAGCACAGCGCUGUGUGCGGUGAGGUGGAAGGAAAACCAGAGUGGAGCUUUUAUUUAUUUAUCAAAUCAAAAGGACGGGAGGAGUGCAGAGAAAAAGGAAGAAAGAAUGGAUGGGAUGAGAAAAGAGAGAUCCAAAGUCAGAGCCAGGUGCUGACGGAGGGAUGAGGGCAUGGAAUACUGAGAGAGAACAAGCCUCUUUAUUUUGGCCUUGUGGUGUCUCUGACUCAUCCAACCACACCAAUCCAAGCAGGCAGACACAUUGGAGCUUCCCGCUACAAACAACAAACCCAACAACACCCCUAUCCCUCUGACAGAUAGCCGACUGUUUUCCCUGUGAGGAGAGAAACCGUUAGAUCACCCCUCCAAACCACAGGCGGCCGGUGGCACCUUAUUUGAGGAGGACGGGCUCAUAGAAAUAGCUGGCAUGGAAUAAAUGAAAUGGUAUCGAACACAUCAAACACAUGGGGAAUUUCUCAAUAUGCAUACUACCGUACUCUACACUCUCAUGCUCCGAGUGAUGUUCUCUCAAGUACGUUCUUGUGAGGACGAGAGUGUGGAGAACACAUAAAACAUUAUAUUUGAGAAGCACUCCCACUCCCCCUACUGUAUUACCUCACACUGCAUCUCCCCAAUCACUGAACCUUUUCCAGCCAGGACAAUGGCAACAAUAGACGCAACAAGAUAUACAUAAAACAAACGUUUUACCUAAUAAUUAUCAACCUAGAUAUAUGUGAAUC